AUGGCAAAUGAAGAAGAUUUCGUGGGAUUAGGGGACACCUUCAAGGACCCCGAAGGGUUCUACCCUCCUGAGAAAGAGCCCACCUUCGCAGAGCACCAGAUGCUCACCGGCCAGACGGUGCGCGUGCGCCUUGUCGGCAGCCAUCCUCUCUACGGUGAUCUGCUGUGGAACGCCGGCCGGACGAGCGCCUCAUAUAUAGAAGAGAAAGCUAGUUCCCUUGUCGAGGGGAAAGAUGUCUUGGAGAUUGGAGCUGCGGCAGGUGUCCCGAGCAUCGUCAGUGCAGUCAAAGGAGCUCGUACCGUCGUCAUGACCGAUUACCCUGAUCCGGACCUGGUCGAGAACAUGCGAUACAAUGCCUCGCUCUCGGCGGCUAUCAUUCCGAGCUCAUCGUCCCUUUACGUUGAUGGAUACAAAUGGGGUGAUCCGAUUGAACCGUUGACGGCGUAUCUCCCCGAGGGCUCAAACAGUUUCGACCUUCUCAUCAUGGCCGACGUGGUGUACAGUUAUCACGAGCAUCCCAAUCUGAUCAAGGUCAUGCAGAAGGCACUGAAGAAAUCCAAGGACUCCGUCGCUUUGGUAGUCUUUACACCUUACCAGCCCUGGCUUCUUCCCAGGAACCAGACUUUCUUUCCUUUGGCAGAGCAGAGCGGGUUUCAGGUCACCAAGAUCUUCGAAAAGGUCAUGGAUAAGGUCUUGUUUGAGAACGACCCUGGUGACGAAUUACUUCGUAGGACGGUAUUCGGAUAUGAGAUUCGGUGGGCUCCGGAUCAACUGAAUUGA